AUGGGAGAGCAAAAACUAGUUGCAGUAGGGGGAUCAGCCCAGCCCUGGGUAGAAGGUGAAGCCCCCGCCCAGUCCCCACUCCUAUCAACAGCCAGCAAACUGUCCAUCCAUCUGAAGGCGGGAACAGAUGGCAGUCUUAGCAUUCAGUUAGCCAGUAGCAUCAACCCCUACUAUUUACUCCACGUGGGUGAGUCUCGGCUUCUGUGGGGCGCUGCCCGGUGGCUCUGGCCCCGCGGGGCCAUUGGCCCAGCCCGCCGACCCCUGAGCUCCAGUAGCCCGCCGCUGCAGGAGCUGUUCGCCCAGGGCGGGCCCUUGCGGACCUUCCUCCAGUGCCAGGCGGGGUCUGAAGCCCAUUUGAAGGUCAGGAGGCCGGAGUUGGCGGCAGUGAUCAAACUGCUGAACCAGAAGGAGCAGGAGCUGCGGGAGACCGAGCCCUUGCUGCACGAUGAGAAUGAAGAUUUAAGGAAACUUGCAGAGAAUGAAAUAACUCUGUGUCAAAAAGAAAUAACUCAGCUGAAGCAUCAGAUUAUCUUACUUUUGGUUCCCUCAGAAGAAACAGAUGAAAGAACUGCAGGGGUUGGAGGUGGCCUUAGACAUGCAUCUGCCAGUAUUGGGGGUUCAGAAGCCUAUAGGCACAUGAAAUUUGAAGGAGGUGUGCACAGAGUACAAAGAGUGCCAAAGACACAAAAGCAAGGCCACAUCCAUACUAGCACCAUGACUGUAGCGAUAUUACCCCAGCCUACUGAGAUUAAUCUCGUGAUUAAUCCGAAAGAUUUGAGAAUUGACACUAAGCGAGCCAGUGGAGCUGGGGGGCAGCAUGUAAAUACCACAGACAGUGCUGUCCGGAUAGUUCAUCUUCCAACAAGUGUUGUUUCUAAAUGUCAACAAGAGAGAUCUCAACUGAAAAAUAGAGAGCUGGCUAUGACAAAGUUACGUGCCAAACUGUACAGCAUGCAUCUAGAAAAAGAAACAAAUAAAAGACAGAAUGCUAGAAAAAUUCAGAUUGGAAGUAAAGGAAGAUCAGAGAAAAUAAGAACAUAUAAUUUUCCACAGAACCGGGUCACAGAUCACAGAAUAAGCAAGACACUGCAUGAUCUUGAAACUUUUAUGCAAGGAGAUUAUCCACUGGAUGAACUUGUACAGUCAUUGAAGGAAUACGCCGAUUAUGAAUCUUUAGUAGAAAUUAUUUCCCAAAAAGUUUAAGUUGAUUUGUUAUUUAUAGACUUUUGUAGCUUAGAAAAAUUCUACAGCACAUCCACAUAGGGUGAAAAUACCCUUAUUCGCUUAAAAAACAUGAGUUAACACAGUUGGAGGUAAUAUGCAUAUUUUGAAGUCAUAGAUAAUUUACACAGAUCUCUCUCAAUGCAUUAGCAAAAAUCAUACAAUAUACAGAUGGUCCUCGAUUUACAUUGUGGUUAAUUCCCAGUAAACCCAUCAUAAGUUAAAAAUGCAUAUAACGUUAGCGACACAGCAGGCUCCUACUUAAUGACAGCUUGAUGUAACAAUUUUCCAAUUUUACCGUGGUAUGAAAGAGGCAUAAUUUGUAAGUCCUAAGGAGCUCCUCAGCUUGAAAUGGGGCUGCAUCCCUGUAAACCCAUCAUAAAGUCAAAAAAUCCUAAAACCAUCAUAAGUUGGUGACCACCAGUAAUCACGAUGUAGUGAUAAAUCUUGGACACUUCCUUACAAUAAGUAGACAAAGGAAAAUCAUCCUUUGUCCUGUUCUGUGUAAGUAUUUAAUGAAUGAUCAAAAAUUCAGUUUAAAUAUUAUGGAAAACUUUAAACAUAAAGUAGUAGAAAUAUGACAGUAAAUACUGGAUCCUGAUAUCUAGUCAGGAGACAGAAACCAUACCAUUAACUUGAACAGGGAUAAUUUUAACAUAAAAAACUGUUAACUGAUAAUGGUAUUAGCUUUUAAGAGGGAUGAAAGAGAGCUACGAUGUUCUAGGACUGAGAGUACCCAAGUUAAGAAUAACCUUGAAAGGGGCUCCCGUUACCCAUAGUGAAGUCAGGCCUGAUGGAGAGAGAGUGGCUAUAGCCUACUCAGUGAUGGGGAAAUUCCCUGUUUCGCCUCGGGCCAGAGCUGGUGUACAGCUGGUGGAUCAGUCUUACAAGCAAAGAACCUCACACCUUCUACUGGUAAGCCAGAAGCCUCUUGCUACGGUGUGAGCAAAACUUGGACAGGAACUCUCAGUAGAUGUUUGUGUUUGUCAAGAUUCUCCAGACAAACUCCCUUAAAAGGAUUGGCUUGUGUGAUUAUUAUUAUGUCUAACAAGUCCAGAAGCUGGAGUGUGAGGCAGGAGGCUGGAGACCCAGGAAAGCUGAUGGUGCAGGUCCAGUCCAAAGGUAUCUGUUGGAGGAUUCUCUUGUUCUUGGAAGAGGACAGUCGUUUCUUCUCUUCAGACCUUCACCUGACUGGAUCAAGCCUACUAACAUUGAGGAGGGCAGUCUGCAUUACUCAAAGUUCACUGAUUUAAAUGUCAAUCUCAUGUAAAAACACCCUCACAGAAACACCUAGCAUAAUGUUUGACCUUAUGAUUGGAAAAUCAGAGCAGAAGUUAAAUCUCU